GGUAAUACCGCUCACGCCCAUUGGCGUGAUGAGCGGUUUUAACGCCGGGGGGCGUUAAGCACCGCCCCCCAUCGGCGUGAUACGGGCGUGAUGCGCUCGGCGUCACUCAUUUGACGCAAUCCCCCUCCCCCUUAACAGCUAAUUUAGUCAUUGUAAACAAAAAAAGAAAAAUUAAUUUAUUUUUUUAUAAAUUUCAAACUCCCCCCCUCUCAUUCUCACACCUUCACUCUUCUUCAAUCUUCUUCACACAUUCUUCAAUUUCAAACACUCCCCCUCUCUUUUGAACAUGAAUCCUUCCGGGUCCGGCUUCUUUCCCGACAAUCUCGCGCCUCACGAUGCCGCGAUGUGGUAUUUCCAAGAAUUCGGGGAUCAUCCACCGAUCUUCGAGACGCAACAAUCGGGGUACGUCGAGCGAGAUUCGGUUCCGGAGACUCAACCGGAGUCAUCCAGCUUAGGGGUGGGUUCGGUUUUGGCGGUUCGGUUUUACCCAAAACCGAAGACAAAACGGAAGGUAAAUUGGCGGUUCGGUUCGAAGCAAACGAAGGAUGCGAUGUGGGAUCGUAUCGAGAAGUUCUUCACGACGAUGAACAAGGACGGCUCCUACCGUACCUCGGACCAACUCACUUCCAAAUGGAGCCACAUCAACCGUAAAGUCCGAAAGUUUAUCGGAGUUUACGAGGAAUGCACUCGGUCCCGGAGGAGCAGGACGAACGAUGUCGAUGUUCUCCGGCUUGCCACGACCCGGUAUCAAGAUGACGGGCACCAAGGCAAGGUGCCCAUCGAUCUUUGGAGGAUUUUGAGCCAUUCCCCGAAGUGGCAACAACUCAACAAUCCUGACGGUGGAUCGUCAAAGAAAAGAUCCUCCGUCGAUGCCGAGGUUGAGGUCGACGAGACUAUCGGUUCGUCCGAUCAAAUGCCUCCCUUCAACAUUGCGGAUUCCGAUGACGAGGACCACAUUCCACGGACGAUCGGAAGAAAGAAGACAAAAUCCAUUGCCUCGGGUUCGGGAGAGUCCGGCUCUGUUUCUGUUUCUUCUCGCAACGAAAUCAGUUGGGCAAUGAUUGAACAACUUCGGGUGUUCAAUCUUCGAGAAGAAGAGAGGAUGAAGCUAAAGGAGAAGGAGAUGAAGCGAAAGGAGCAGGAGGACGAGAUCAAAAUCAUGGAAACCGACCUUUCUACAUUGUCGGGUUUCAAACGGAUGAUCUACGAGAAAAGACAAAGAGAGAUCAAGGCGAAAUAUAAUUUACCUUAGUUUUUUUAUUAAUGUAUCUUUUUUAUUAUUGUCGUUUUUUUUUAUUUUAAUGAAUGUAAUUUUUUAAAUUUUAAAUGAUCGUCGUUUCAAUUUCUUUAAAUUAAAUGAAUGUAUUUUUUAUUAUUCAUAUUUCAAUAUAAUUAAAUAAUAAAUUAAUUACAUUUUA